GUAAACACACAGCCAAUAGACGCAGUUCACUUGCCACUGCUUUCUUCUAAGACGAUUCAAUUGUGAAAAGUUUCCGCUGCUGUUCAAUACAUUAAUAAUAAUAAUAAUGUGGGCCGAUCUGAGCAAUAAAGUGAUAUUGGUAACCGGAGCCGGUGCUGGCAUUGGUCAGGCUUUAGUUCAGCAACUGGCCAAAGUGGGCGCCACUGUGAUCGCCGUGGCACGCAACGAACAGCAGCUGCAGGAGCUGGUUGCCUUCGAUAAGGAGCACAUUAAGCCGCUGCUGCUCGAUUUGUCCGAUUGGGAGAAUGUCCACAAGGUAUUGUCAUCGAAGCAGGUGCCUCAGCUGGAUGGUUUGGUCAACAAUGCCGGUGUGGCCAUCAUCAAGCCUUUCGAGCAGCUGAGCGAAGCUGAUUUCGAUACUCACUUUGAUGUCAACAUCAAGGCCGUGUUCAGUGUCACCCAAGCGUUGUUGCCCAAGUUGCGCGAUGGCAGCACCAUUGUGAACGUCUCCUCGAUAGCCGCAUCUCGCAGCUUUGCCGGCCACACGGCUUACAGUGCCACCAAGGCGGCCGUGGACUCGCUCACCAAGUCGCUGGCCUUGGAGUUGGGACCGCGACGCAUUCGUGUGAAUUCCGUUAAUCCAACCGUUGUGCUGACGCGCAUGGGACGCGAUAAUUGGUCGGAGCCAUCGAAGAGCGGUCCACUGUUGGCCCACAUACCGUUGAAUCGUUUCUGUGAAGUGCACGAAGUGACCGAUGCCAUUGGCUAUCUGCUGAGCGAGAAAUCCACCUUUGUCAAUGGCCAUCACAUCAAUCUCGAGGGCGGUUACUCUGUCUCUUAAUAAAAUCUACACUCCAUCAUAUGUGCAAAAGUAAUUCCAAUUAAAGUGUUUCUGGUAA